UACUCUUACGGACUUAUUACUGUUACUUUCAGGUCUUUUGUCGCAAUCGUACAUUAUUUGCCCGAUUGAAAUAAGCAAAAGAAAUGACAUCAGAACGACUUAUUGCCAGUGUCAGUAGCUAGGUGGUCAAAUACAGUUUGUUAUGCGAAAUUUACCAUCCGGUGCAAAUUUGAUUUCUUAAUUAGCAGGGUUGCAAACUUUGGUCAGCUGGCUGGCGAGAGAAUUUCAGUUAGAGAAAAGUCAGCACACACACAUGUUUAUAUGUAUGUAUUAGUUUUAUUACCUUGUAAAUAGUCUGUGCAGUCAUACUGUCAACAAUUAUGAUGUAGCUAAUAUUUAGGUUUAUAAUGGAAUAUUAUAGAUUUGCCGCAAGAUUUCUUACAUCAGCCUGAGUAUUACACCACAUGCGUGAGAGUUGGUAAAAUUGUAUUAGAUUUCCCACCGGCUUCAUCUGAUCUGCAGGGCAUUUCACAAUUCUGCGCGAAAUUGGACGUUGGCUUUUGGGAUCGAACGCCUUGAAGAAACAAUAAUCGGAGGUCUGCGCUACUCGCGAAGCUGAUUCGGGGUGUUCGUAUUUAACCGGCGUGCUGAUGGAUGUGUGAACUUGUUUGCUUGGAUAUCGUGACUUCGUGCGCACGAUGUCACUACAGCCCGCAUGAAGUCGUCUUGGCGUUCACAAUGCCCUUGGAGGUGACGUGGCCGUUCCCACAACGCCCCUACUUGGGCUGGCGCCUCUCGAGCUCCCUGAUCAUGGGCAUGGUGGGGUCUUACAGCUACAUCUGGACUAAGUACAUGAACUACCUGACUGUCCACAAUCAGAAUGUUCUUCACGAUCUGAUAGACAAUCGCCCGCAGAACACGCCCCUCAUCACCUUGUCAAAUCAUCAGUCCUGUAUGGAUGACCCGCACAUCUGGGGAAUUCUGAAGCUCAGACACCUGUGGAGCUUUAACAAGAUGAGGUGGACUCCGGCCGCAUCUGAUAUUUGCUUCACCCGAGAGUUUCACUCCAGGUUCUUCAGCCGGGGGAAAUGCGUUCCCGUGUGUCGAGGCGAUGGUGUGUAUCAGAAGGGCAUGGACUUCGUCCUGGAGAAGCUGAACAGAGGGGAGUGGGUUCACAUAUUCCCAGAGGGAAAAGUAAACAUGACUCAGGAGUUCAUCAGGUUAAAAUGGGGGGUGGGGCGUCUGAUAGCCGACUGCGCCCUGAACCCCGUCAUCCUUCCGCUUUGGCAUGUAGGAAUGAAUGACGUCCUGCCCAAUGAAGCUCCAUAUAUUCCCCGAAUUGGACAGAAAAUUACAGUUUUGGUGGGGAAGCCAUUUACUGUCAAGCAUCUGGCCGAGAGAUUAAAGUCUGAGAACAAAAAUCCGGUGGAGAUCAGGAAAGCUCUGACUGACUUCAUCCAGGUGGAGUUUCAUGGGCUGAAAGCCCAGGCAGACACCCUGCACCAGCGGAUUCAGAGUAGCAAGCGAUAGCCAUUCUUGGUUGGGCUUGGUCCGCCCCGACUGUGAAGCGAGUGACACGCAAUGCCACUGCUGUCAGAGACUGAAGUGCACUGCUUGCAAACUCACUUUGACCAGAGAUGUGUAACGCGGGUUCACUCUUCUGCCUUUUAGGAAAUUUUACCAGUGACUAUAAAUAGAAAUGAUAGAUGGAAAUGAUUUUAAGGUGGGGGGAGGGAACAGCAGUGAACUUCAGGUAUUGUUGAGGUUUUUCAGAGUUUAUUUUCCUGUUUUUGCUAAACCUACUAUCUAAUAUUUUAUGCCACAAAUCAACAUUAUAAAAUGUGACCUCAUUUCCUUUGUAUAAGGCUGCAGUGCUGACCUUUCUAUGCACAGGACUUAUUACAUUGAUGGAAUGUAAAAAAAAAUAUCCCAUAUAUCCCUUGAUGCUAGUUCUUCAUUGAUUUUCCCAUAAUGCAGUAUCAGAAUGAGAUCCUAGCUUAAUAAUAUGAUUUAGCAAAUUGUGAUUUAAUAUGACUGUGUACUUAACACACCUGAGUGAGUCAUAAAUGUAAAAUAAUCAUAUAGACAGGAAACGCGUGCAUGUUGACUAGAAUUCUGGAUGUUUUACUGAUCUGUCUUGAAGUUUAUCUGCAAAACGUAUUCAAGCUUUUUACUGAAAUUGAGAAUAAAGUUUAGAAAAGAUGGCACCCUCCUGAGGUCGGUAUGUCACCAGGUUAAAAAUCAGGGCUUCUGCUUGCUAAAGUUUAAGAUGUGCCUCGCUGUGUUUUAUUCUGAAAGCCAAAAGGUGAAAUCACUGCAGUUAAGAGGGCUGAAUGUUUUUAUACAUCUAAAAUCUAGAUCAUUUAAACAUGUGACUGAUAUAGAUCUGGGUCUUCCAUUAAGGAGAAAAAAAUCCAUCCGUCCAACCAAGUUGUCCUAUUCAGGGUCGUGGGGGGUCUGGAACCUAUCCCAGAGGCUAUAGGCACAAGGCAGGGAACAACCCAGGAUGGACUGCCAACACUUGGCAGGAAAAAAACUGUAAAUCACAACUCUUGAGUGCACUUAUUAAACUACACAAGGUUGUGAUACAAGCUGGUGAUAUGCUGUGUAAAGGUUGCUUCCCUAAUAAUAUGAGAGGUGCCACAUGACAGGAUCUGUAAGCCUAGGAUUUAUUUUGCAGUUUGGCAGCUGGCAGUGAUGGAACCGUUUUUACUAUAUGAGAUGUCCUGUAGGACACAAUGUAAUGUCAAGUGUCACGUCUUUGUCCAAUGUGAACCCAGUUAUUUUUCACUUUAUGCACUACUUACUAUUUAAAUGACAAUUUCCGUGUAAUUUCGGUACUCUGGUAGGCAAUGAUGUUGUAAAAUAUGGAAUUUAUAAUGUUGCUUAACUAUAAUGAAUUCCUUGAUUUUUUUUUCUUCUUCUUCAGUAAAGUUUUGAAUUUUGUAUUGUUAUUAAAACGGCAUGAUUUUGUGAA